GAUUUAUGUGCUAUAGAAUCUCAUUUACCAUGUGAAAAAUGGAUAUAUCAAGAACGUCAAGCAAUAAAUAAAAAGAUGGCACAACUUAUACCAAUAUCUAAUAUAGAUAUAAUCACUAAAAGUUUUUCAUGA